AUGAAGAUUCAAUGGGCCGGGCUCCUCUUAGGGGCUUCAAUUGGCGGAGUCAAUGCUAUGGCCGAAUAUAUGGCCGAGGCCAUGAGAGGGGAGCGCGUCUCUGGCUACGGCAAAUCUGAUAAACCUUCCUGGGUACCGGACUUCAAAGACGAAUCUCCACCUUAUCAGGGCAUUCGAAUCCCCCGUCAAGAUUGGACCUUGACAUGUAGCAGCUCCGCUCGUGGCUAUCCCUGCAAAUACGCGAUCGAUGGCAAGAACACCACUGCCUGGCGCAGCAACCCCUCUGACAAGGGACACACUUUCAUUGUUGAUCUUGGGGCGUGGUACCAAGUGAGCGCCGUCGUUGUUCUCCCCCCUCUCGAUACGGGGGUGGAAGGCCUCAUUACCCAGCACAAGAUCUGGAUUAGCGAAGACCAUGAGACCUGGACGGGGCCUGUCGCAUAUGGGAUGUGGCCCAAUACAGUCAGACAGCGGAUGUCCGCGUUCGAGCCAUCUUCUGCCCGGUAUUUGAGAAUCACGACCGAUGCCGACGAGGACAACCCCUGGGUUGGUAUCUCCGAGCUGAACAUCUACGGAACUCUGUACACCAUUCCUCGCGAUCCUGUACUCGGUGUCUGGGGACCAACUCUUGAUUUCCCCAUAGUUCCUGUCUCCGGUGCUCAGGAGGGAUCUGGCAUGCUUGCUCUUUGGUCCUCGUGGGCCGACGAUCAGUUCCACUCCACCCCCGGAGGCAAGACUGUCAUGACCCGGUGGAACUCAUCGACCGGAGAAGUUUCCAAGCGGACUGUCACAAACACCCAGCAUGACAUGUUUUGCCCCGGUAUUUCUUACGACGGCACUGGCAUGAUGGUUGUGACCGGAGGUAACUCCGCCUCGCAGACCAGUCUCUAUGAUUCUGCCAAUGAUAAGUGGAUCAGCGCAAACGAGAUGAACAUCAAACGUGGAUAUCAGGCAUCUACAACUCUCUCGGAUGGGCGUGUCUUCGUUAUUGGAGGCUCUUGGUCUGAGGUUUCCACCAUUAACAAAAAUGGCGAGGUUUACGACCCUGCUACCCAAAAAUGGUCUAUGCUUCCGAACGCGACAGUCAAAGAGAUGAUGACCGAUGAUAUGGAAGGCCCCUGGAGAGCGGACAACCAUGGUUGGCUCUUCGGUUGGAAGGGUCUGAGUGUCUUCCAAGCCGGGCCUAGUAAAAACAUGAACUGGUACUCUGCUUAUGACGACGGGCAUGUCAAGGCAGCAGGGAGACGUUUGAAUGAUGGUGAUUCCAUGUCUGGCAAUGCAGUUAUGUUUGAUGCCGUGAAGGGAAAAAUCCUCACCCUUGGAGGGUCUCCUGACUAUGAUAAAUCGCCGGCCACCGACGCCGCCCACAUCAUUACGAUUGACAAACCUGGUCAGGAACCAAAGGUCGAAGUCGCUGGUGGAAAAGGCACCAUGCAUUACGAGCGUGUGUUCCACACUACCGUUGUUCUUCCUGAUGGAAAGGUCUUCAUCGCUGGCGGUCAGACCUUCGGGAUUGCCUUCAACGAGGAAAAUGUCCAGUUUGUUCCUGAGCUUUAUGACCCUGAGACCGAUAAGUUCCAGAAGUUGCAGCAGAACAAUGUGGUCAGAGUGUAUCACACCGUCUCCAUUCUCCUCCCAGAUGCCCGGGUGUUGAAUGCCGGUGGUGGACUGUGCGGCAACUGCACGGCCAACCACUACGAUGGCCAGAUCUUCACGCCUCCCUACCUGUUGACUCCUUCAGGCCAGCUCCGGCCCCGUCCUGAGAUCCUCUCGGGCCUACCAGAUAAGACCGUGGUCGGCAGCACCCUGAGGUUCAAAACUUCCGGUCCGAUACGGAAAGCGUCCCUCAUUCGUUUGGGUACUGCCACCCAUACUGUCAACACUGACCAGCGCCGCAUUCCUCUUGACGUUUCCUCCACAUCCUUAUUCCAAAAAACCUGGAAAGUGACUCUGCCAAGUGAGCCGGGCAUUCUCAUUCCUGGAUACUGGAUGCUAUUCGUCAUGGACCGGGACGGCGUGCCUAGCGUUGCGAAGAUCAUGAUGAUUGGCUUGGACCCCAAAAAGACCAUUGAAGCUUGGGAGGAAGACCCACUGGACGUGACGGAUCAACAGAAAUGUGAGCAUGGAUCACUCAAGUCUUAUUGGCAAUCUCCGAAGCUAAUUCUGCAGACGUUGCGUCGUCGGUAA